GAUGGCCCCCCCAGGGCAGGCCCUGCGGACACCCCUCCCUCCGGCUGGCGGAUGCAGUGCCUAGCGGCUGCCCUUAAGGACGAAACCAACAUGAGUGGGGGAGGGGAGCAGGCCGACAUCCUGCCGGCCAACUACGUGGUCAAGGAUCGUUGGAAAGUGCUGAAAAAGAUCGGGGGUGGGGGCUUUGGUGAGAUCUAUGAGGCCAUGGACCUGCUGACCAGGGAGAACGUGGCCCUCAAGGUGGAGUCAGCCCAGCAGCCCAAGCAGGUCCUCAAGAUGGAGGUGGCCGUGCUCAAAAAGUUGCAAGGGAAAGACCACGUGUGCAGGUUCAUUGGCUGCGGCAGGAAUGAGAAGUUUAAUUACGUAGUGAUGCAGCUCCAGGGACGGAACCUGGCCGACCUGCGCCGCAGCCAGCCACGAGGCACCUUCACACUGAGCACCACCUUGCGGCUGGGCAAGCAGAUCCUGGAAUCCAUCGAGGCCAUCCACUCUGUGGGCUUCCUGCACCGUGACAUCAAGCCAUCAAACUUCGCCAUGGGCAGGCUCCCCUCCACCUACAGAAAGUGCUACAUGCUGGACUUUGGGCUGGCCCGGCAGUACACCAACACCACUGGGGACGUUCGGCCCCCUCGGAAUGUGGCCGGGUUUCGAGGGACUGUUCGCUAUGCCUCAGUCAAUGCCCACAAGAACCGGGAGAUGGGCCGCCACGAUGACCUGUGGUCCCUCUUCUACAUGCUGGUGGAAUUUGCAGUGGGCCAGCUGCCCUGGAGGAAGAUCAAGGACAAGGAGCAGGUAGGGAUGAUCAAGGAGAAAUACGAGCAUCGCAUGCUGCUGAAGCAUAUGCCCUCAGAGUUCCACCUCUUCCUGGACCACAUCGCCAGCCUCGACUACUUCACCAAGCCUGAUUACCAGUUGAUCAUGUCAGUGUUUGAGAACAGCAUGAAGGAACGGGGCAUCGCCGAGAAUGAGGCCUUUGACUGGGAGAAGGCAGGCACAGAUGCCCUCCUGUCCACAAGCACCUCCACCCCGCCCCAGCAGAACACCCGGCAGACGGCCGCCAUGUUUGGGGUGGUCAACGUAACACCAGUGCCCGGGGACCUGCUCCGGGAGAACACCGAGGACGUGCUACAGGGCGAGCACCUGAGUGACCAGGAGAAUGCACCCCCAAUCCUGCCCGGGAGGCCCCCUGAGGGGCUGGGCCCCAGCCCUCACCCUGCCCCCCACCCAGGGGUUCCUGAAGCUGAAGUCUGGGAGGAGACGGAUGUCAACCGGAACAAACUCCGGAUCAACAUCGGCAAAACUCCCUGUGUGGACGAGGAGCAGAGCCGAGGUGUGGGGGUCCCCAGCUCCCCAGUGCGUGCCCCCCCAGACUCCCCAACAACCCCAGUCCGUUCUCUGCGAUACCGGAGGGUCAACAGCCCCGAAUCGGAGAGGCUCUCCACAGCGGAUGGACGGGUGGAGCUGCAUGAGAGGAGGUCACGGAUGGAUCUGCCCGGCUCACCCUCGCGCCAGGCCUGCUCCUCGCAGCCAGCCCAGAUGCUGUCAGUGGACACAGGCCAUGCCGACCGGCAGGCCAGCGGCCGCAUGGACGUGUCAGCCUCUGUGGAGCAGGAGGCCCUGAGCAACGCCUUCCGUUCGGUGCCGCUGGCUGAGGAGGAGGACUUCGACAGCAAAGAGUGGGUCAUCAUUGACAAGGAGACAGAGCUCAAGGACUUCCCUCCGGGGGCUGAGCCAAGCACGUCGGGUACCACAGAUGAGGAGCCUGAGGAGCUGCGGCCGCUGCCUGAGGAGGGCGAGGAGCGGCGGCGGCUGGGGGCAGAGCCCACCGUCCGGCCUCGGGGACGUGGUAUGCAGACGCUGGCCGAGGAGGACCUGCGGCAAAUACCACCCCAGCCCCCGCCACCUCAGCUGAGCCAGGCUGAUGGCCGUUCGGAGACGUCGCAGCCCCCCACACCAGGGAGCCCUUCCCACUCGCCCCUGCAUUCCGGACCCCGCCCUCGACGGAGAGAGUCGGAUCCCACAGGACCGCAGAGACAGGUGUUCUCUGUGGCGCCCCUGUUUGAGGUGAACGGCCUCCCACGAGCUGUGCCUCUGAGUCUGCCCUACCAGGACUUCAAGAGAGACUUCUCCGAUUACCGAGAACGGGCACGGCUGCUCAACAGGGUCCGGAGGGUGGGCUUCUCGCACAUGCUGCUCACCACCCCCCAGGUCCCACCUGCUCCUAUUCAGCCUCAAGCUAAUGGGAAGGAGGAAGAAGAGGAAGAUGAGGAAGAGGAAGAAGAAGAGGAGGAGGAAGAAGAGGAGGAAGAAGAAGAGGAGGAGGAAGAAGAGGAAGGAGAAGAGGAGGAGGAGGGAGAGGCAGAGGAGGAGGAGGAGGAGGCAGUGGCCCUGGAGGAGGUGCUGGGGCCUCGCAGUGGCUCUUGCAGUGAGGGGAGCGAGAGGAGCACCGACCGGAGCCAGGAGGGUGCCCCAUCCACACUACUGGCUGACGAUCAGAAGGAGUCCAGGGGCCGGGCCUCCAUGGCCGAAGGGGACCUGGAGCCUGAGGAGGGCUCCAAAACGCUGGUGCUCGUCUCCCCUGGUGACAUGAAGAAGUCGCCUGUUACUGCCGAACUGGCCCCCGACCCUGACCUGGGCACCCUGGCUGCCCUCACUCCUCAGCACGAGCGGCCCCAGCCCACCGGCAGCCAGCUGGAUGUGUCUGAGCCAGGCACCCUGUCCUCCAUUCUCAAGUCUGAGCCCAAGCCCCCUGGGCCCAGGGCAGGGCCAGCGGCCGGAGCAGUGACCACAGGGGCAGGGGGAAUGGCAGUCACCUCCUCACCCUUCACCAAAGUUGAGAGGACCUUUGUGCACAUUGCAGAGAAAACCCUCCUCAAUGUCAUGUCUUCUGGCGGACAAAUCUCACGGCCUGAGGAGUUCAGUGCUAGGGGCGAGUUGGGUCUGGAGGUGCCCUCUGAUGGGGGCGCUGCAGUGGAGGGGGCCCCACUGCCUGUGGAGAAUGGCAUAGCCCUGUCAGUGCUGGAUGGGGCUGAGAUGGAGAACUGUGCUCUGUCUGGCCCCCCUGGGGAAUCCCCCUCGGAGGUGGCCAUGGACUCACGGCCCAACGGCCCAGCCCUUGCUGAUGGGCCAGCCCCAGUGUCCUCACUGGAGCCAGGUCCUGAGAAAAUGGCCACCAUCUCCCCCAGCUGCCAUUCCGUGCCAGGCCCUCGCCCCAGGAGCCGUAUCCCUGUCCUGCUGUCUGAGGAGGACACAGGCUCGGAGCCCUCAGGCUCACUGUCUGCCAAAGAGCGGUGGAGCAAGAGGGCCCGGCCGCAGCAAGACCUGGCACGGCUGGUGAUGGAAAAGAGGCAGGGCCGCCUGCUGCUGCGGCUGGCCUCGGGGGCCUCAUCCUCCUCCAGUGAGGAGCAGCGCCGGGCCUCUGAGACACUCUCAGGCACAGGCUCCGAGGAGGACACACCCGCCUCUGAGCCCGCAGCUGCCUUGCCCAGAAAAGCCGGGCGGGCAGCUGCCACCCGGAGCCGGAUUCCCCGCCCCAUCAGCAUCCGCAUGCCCAUGUCUGCCGCAGCCCAGCAGCUCCCCAGCAGAACCCAUGGCUCAGCCCCAGCAUCUGACACAGCCAUCACCAGCAGGCUCCAGCUGCAGAAGCCCACAGAGUCGGCCAUUGUGGCUGACCUCCGCCCCAAACAGCUCUCCGGCCGCUGCCCGGGACCAGGGCGAGCCCAAGCCGGCGCCAGGGCACCCGCCCCCCGCAGUCCAGGCCUCCCCGCCUCUACCGCGCGCAAUCCCAGCGCGUCCCCCCGAAGCCAGUCCCUGUCCCGCAAAGAGAGCCCCUCCCCCUCGCACCAGGCCCGGCCCGGGGUGCCCCCACCCCGGGGUGUCCCGCAAGCCCGGGCCCAGCCUGACGGCACCCCUUCCCCGGGGGGCCCCAAGAAAGGACCCAGAGGGAAACUCCAGACUCAGCGCGCAGCAACCAAAGGCCGGGCGGGGGUCGUGGAGGGCGGGGCUGGGGCCAGAUAAUGACGCCCGCGGUUGUCCGCGGCCCCCCACCCUCACCCCGGCCCCCCAUCCGCAGCCGGCCACACUGGAACAGCUCCCAGCACAGCCUUACGCGCCCGACGCGCGCCACCCACAGCCCCAGCUUCCCGCCUGCACCCGCGAGGACUCAUGCGACCACAUGCCGCACCCCGCCUGAGGGUGGGAGGCUCGGCGCAGCGAUGCUGGAGGGUGGGGGAGAGGGUCCGCCUCCCCUUCCUCUCCCCGUCUCCUCCCCUCCCCCUGCCGCCCAUUAGGCGGGGCAGGCUCACACCGGUCCCUCUGCACCGGGGAAGGCUCAGCCACUUUUCACCUAGGACUCCACUUCUGGGGACGCCCCGCUCACCUACCAGGCCUCGGCUGCUCUCCAUGCUCCCCAGGGACCUCUGCUUACACCUCCUGCGGCGCCAUGUCCUCCUCCCAACCCUCGUCCUGCCAAAGUCCCCCAACCCCCAUUUCAGAGAAGCAGCCUCAAAUUGCAGAAGUGGACGCUCCAGCCUCCCGCUGGGGGCCAACCCUACCGUGUCCUGGGAGAUUCGGGGGCUGGGAAAGGCCUCUCAGCUGCCUGGCUUGGGUUGGGGAGGUGGGACCCAGGGGCCAUUGGUUGACUUAGGUGUUGGGGGCAGGUCUGAGCCGCCCCAAAGUCAGCUCCAUCCUGUAUACCGUGGUGGAAGGCAGUGGGCAGGUGAAUGCGGGGUGGGGGUGGGGUACCCCUGAACCUCUGGGAGGCAGAGACCCUCCUUCUAAGUUUGAGUGGGGCCUCAGUGGGAUUGUGGAAAGUGUGUGGGCUGCCUUCCUGGGCAAGUGUUUCCUAACGGGAUGUUAGAGGGGGGCUUUAAAAAAGGUUUCACCCCCUUCACUGGUCCCCUGAUAUAGUGCUCAGGACCUCUUACCAUCAGGAAUUUAUUCCUGCCAUCUAACCUCAAUCCUGCCUACUGCAGUUUCAGCCAACUUCCCUCUCUCCUGAGUUCAAUGCAGGUGGAGAGUGGCUGGUUAUUAUUUUCUUUGUGUUGGCCCUUUGGAGAUUCAGGGACUCAAUUCUGGCCAGGUCACCCUCCCUGUCCUCCUGGCUGUGGGGAAUGGGCCGGGUCAGGCAUCAUCUCUCCCACUGGGCAGGGAUGGCAGACCAACAGAUAGCUGGCCACUGGAGGCAGAAAGGCCCUUCUAACUUCCAGAUCGUAUGCUUGUGUGAUGAGUCUUCAGACCGAGCCCACUCCUCCCUUCAGCGUGUCCCCUCUUGCCCUAACCCCAGCCCAUACAGCUGUACUGCUCCAUGAAUGCACAGUCUCCUGCUGUGUUCUGGCUCCUGCACAGCUCACCCCAACUCAUCAUCAGCCUCAACUGCCUAUGUCUGGGGCAAGCAGCACACUGGCUGCAGAAGGGACAGCCAGCUCUGCCUAUCUGAGACAGGUCCCAUGCAGGCCUCCUUCAUCCUCAGCACCCACAGCCUCUGUCCCCUGGCCUUGCCCCUCUGUCCUUCCUUGAGCCACAGAAAGCAAGUCAAGACAUCCAGGAGAAGAGGAAGAAAGGCCUCAGUGUGCCCCAGCGGUCUGGCUGCAUUCAGUCACUAUCACCCAGAAGGAUGCCCACGAAGAAGCUGGCCCCGGGAGCAGCCUAGUGGUGACAGCUGAAUCCCCUCAUGGAGAGUCAGCAGGCUUGAGCAGCUACUUCUAUGCCAAGGUGAUGGCUUCUCUGUAGACCAGCCCAGGGGAGGACUCCAGGGUGGACAGCUUUUGAGGUCCACCCCAUGCUGAUACAGAAGCUUCCAGAACACUCAGGAAACCUCUCCAGAUAGAGCUCUCCUUGUCAACCUGAGGCCCUCCCGAGGUCCUCUACUGCCCUCUGGGUACAGCAGAGGGGGUGGAGGAGGGGCCACUUCCACCCAUCUAGAGCUUCUCUAAAUGACAAUCAGCUCAUGUCAGGUGGGGACCAGGGCACGACCCCUGGUGCCCAGUCCUGGGCCUGCCCCUUGCCACCAACCGAACUGUGAAUGUAGGGCCCCCGGCCUCACCUCUACCCCAGGACCAACAACACUCUGGUUUGGAGUUGGGAGGCAGUAGGGGGGCCUGAGAGAGUCCAUCCCACCCACAGCUUCACCCAGCACUGGAGCUGGCAGAGAUGAAAAACCCAGUCUGCCCUUGGGAUUCCAGACCUCCCUAGGGCUCCCAACUGACCUCAGGCCCUGAGUCAUUGAAUGUCACUGGGCAAGGGUGGGAGAGGAGAGAAAAAGGGCCAGUGGAUGGGGGUAUGUGGCUAAGAGACUGACUCUGCUCCUCUCCCCAGGAAGGAUCCAGGGUAUAAGAAACCACCUCGCCCAGUCCUCCCAUUCCCAGCUGCAGCCUAUUCCCCCUUGAGAUCCAUCCCCUCCACCAGGCCCUCCAGGUCCUGAGCCCCUCCUCUACAAAAGUGUCACACCAAUACCACUGCCGCUGCCACCACCACCAUACCCCCCCAGCACUUUCCCAUCAGGACAGCCUAUGCCACUGUCUCAGAUGUGGGGUCUACUCACCCCAGAACACGCCUUCCCUCCCCAGCCGCAGCUUGCACGAAGCGGGUGCAGGAGAGGGGCUGUGCCCUAGGCACAUGGGCUUCCCCCUUCCCAGCUCCUUGCAGGGGCCUGUCUUGCUCAGUCUUCUCAGCUCCAUGGACCUGCCCUGGUGAGCAUGGGGUGAGGGGCAGGGAGUUUGUCCUCCCACUCCCUAGGGAAGCCACUGAAGAAUGUUUACACGCCAAACAGAAUGUAACACCCCUCCUCCCACCCCUUCCCAGUCACUGCAUGGCCUCUGCCCAUCCCUCGCCUGCCCACCCCCACCCCAAAACCCUGGAAGCCACUGUCAUGAUUAGAUUGGGUCUCGAAAGGGAAGUAGCCAUCACACCAUUAAAAAGCCUGUGGACCUUUC